UUGCAGAUACGAAGUAGAAUGAAAGUUCUGAAAGUGUUAGCGAUUUCUUUAUUCGCACUGCUACAAAACAUUCAUUCGAUUAUUACAGCAAAUAGUCAAAUUGACAAAUUGACGAGGAAUUCUUUUUCCCGAAUUUGCACUCUUGAUUCCCGAUUACCAGUUGCUACUAAUGUAGUAGCUGCCAUCUUCUAA